GCCGCCAGCGGCGUGGGCUGCGCCUUUGUGCGCAUGGCCAGGAUCGACGCGGCGGAGGAGGCUAUUGCAGAGCUGCACGAGCAGAGGGUCCUGAUCCCCGAGCAGGCGGAUUUGGGUCCCAUGCAGGUAGCCUUUGCCAAAGGCGAGGCCAUUCGUUUAGGUCUGGAUGAGAAAGAAGAGAUCCUGCCAAGUUUCAAGGAAGCUCGGCAAAAGGUGGUGGAGCAUCAGGAGAAGAAGGUAUUCUUCGAAAAGAUGCAGAAACAGCAGGAGGAAUUGUAG